AUGAUAUUACUACUAAAAGUAAUAGAAGAUAUUGAACAGUUUACAGACAAUAAUUUAGAAGAGGCUGUAGUUGACAGCAGUGACAGUGGCAUCACUAAAGAAAAUGGUGUGAUGCAUGAUGUAUUCCAAGACGUCAGAGCUACAGCUUGGGAAAUUAAGCCAGAUCCUAGUAUAAAUACUGAAGACGUUAAUGAUAAAGAUAACGAAGCGAGGAAGACUUACAAUUUGUUUAAUAGUCCAGAACUACAAGAACAUUUAAUGCCUCAAAUUAAAGAGCAUGAUGAAAGCAUACCUGGAGAAAGAGACGUGGUUCGUGAUCCAUUCCAAGAGGUCAGAGCUACAGCUUGGGAAGAUCAGCCAGAUUCUAUUAAAAAUGAAGAUGUCAUUGAUGCACACAACGAAGAAAAGAAGGCUUACUACGAUCUGUUUAAAAGUCGAGAGCUACAAGAAAAUAUACUGCCUCAAAUUGAAGUGAAUGAUAAAAAUAUACCUGGAGAAAGAGAAGUAAGUAGUGUAUAUCUCCAUUCUGAAACUACUGCGGUACCCAGGCCUAUAAGAAAAAAGAAAAUAAGAAAAACGAAAAAGAAAAAUCACAAGCUAAAACCAAAAAGAUUGAGACAAGGCAAAAGUAAAAAAGAGAUGAAAAAGCAACAACAGAAGAAACAGCAUCCUAAGAGAAAAUCGAACAAUCUAGCACGUAGAAACAACAUUGAUCAACCAAAACCUAACGUUUCUGAUCACAACGUAUCAUCCGAAAACAAAAAUAGAGGAAAACCAGUUGACAUAAUUGUACAUAUUAAAAUGAACGAGUAA